UUGUCAAUAUGAUCCGAGUUUUAAAUCACUCAAUUGAUCCUUAGGAUUUUGACAAUAUUCCGUUCCGUUUAAACUCAAAAUUUUUCUUUUUUUAAUAAUUUGGUAAACAUCAUCAAUGCUCUAAUUGUAAAUAAGAUAUUUUCAUACGUAUUAUUUGCGAGGAUUUGAUGCUUCAUAAUAUUUGAGAACACAUUUUUAAUCGUUAGUUUUUUGUCAUUUGCUGGUUUAAAGCUGUAAAGUACUAUAAGAAAGUGUAAGUGGCAGGUUUGGUUUAUAAUUUGCACCAUGGAUCCGCAAAUUUUUGCGCAUCUAGACCGAGGAAUUCAAAAAGUUGUGGAUCCAAUUAUUUCAAUGCCGUUUAAUGCAGCUCCGAGGCAGUGCUACAGUACUGCCUGGUUUCCAGUCCUUCUCCACCCUCGACCCAGGAUACUAAUCAAACCAUUUUCAAUAUUCAACACCGGAAACAGGUUUCUAGGAGAGAGGAUGGAUAAAUGGAAGUUCUGUUUCUGUAUUGGGAUUCUGACUGGAUACUGGAUAGGGGUUUGCAUGGGAGCAGGAGCAGGACGGCAUAUUGGACAUAAGCUCCGGGUCGGAGGAGAACCAGGUAGGUUCACGGAGUACAGUCAAGUCAAGACUCCGUACACAGAGGAUUGGAAUGAUAACCGUACAAUGGAAUGGUAUGCAGGAAAGAAGGGAGCGAAGAUUACCAAAGCAUCACACUUUGAUUACGAAUAUGUUCUGGGGCAUAAGAUUAGUCAGUACUGGAGAGGGAAGCAUAGAAUAAAAUCAAAGAUGGAAAUAGAUCCCGCAACUCAGGAACAUUAA